AUGCUGCUCCUCAUCCGCCCUGGGAUACUCUGCUCGCUACCUCAUCGUCCGGUAUCGGUAUUUUCGUUGAGAAGGGCGGCCUAUUCGACAAGAAAACCAAAUCCCAAUAGCCUGCCACCAUUCGAUCCUGAGCCCUACCCACUCACUCAACGUCCCAAUCCAUCCUGGAAACUUGGUGAUGGAUUGAAGAAUGAUACAGAGUUGACGAAGAAAUGGAAAGAGGAUGAAGAGCAUGGGUGGAAGUCUUGGAAUCUGGAGAAGCUGGGGCCGUUGGACGCGUACAAGAUGUUGACGAGCGCGAUUGUUCCUCGUCCGAUUGCGUUCGUGUCGACUCUUUCGAGGGAUGGUGUGCCGAAUUUGGCUCCGUUCAGCUAUUUCUCAAUGGUCUCGCACAAUCCACCCCUUCUCUCUAUCUCUUUCGCCCUCUCACCUCGCAGACCAAAGGAUACCCGUGAAAAUAUUCUCGCCACAAAGCAGUUCGUCGUGAAUAUUAUCUCGGAGCCGUUCGUCGAGGCUGCGAAUGCUACGUGUGUCGAGUCGCCGGCAGAGCACGAUGAGUGGGAGGUGGCGGGGUUGGAGAAAGAGGAGAGCGUAUACGUGAAACCAUCAAGAGUGAAAGAGAGCGCCAUCAGUUUCGAAUGCGAGCUCCAUUCCUACCACGACUUCCUCCCAUCCACAUCAUCGUCCACCUCCACCACCCCAUCUCCCUCCACUCCCUCACCAACGCCCCUUCAACCUCAACCAUCCACGACCCUCCUCCUCGGUCUCAUCAAACACGUCCACAUCCGCAACUCUGUGCUCUCACCGGACGGCCUUCAAGUCGAUCCUGAGAAAUUGAGAGCUGUGAGUCGGUUGGGUGGGGUUAGUUAUGCCGCCGUUGGGAGGAGAUGGGAGGUUGGCAGGGUUAAGUGGCCGUUGGAGAAGAAUUGAUUUUAUGUUGGGAGAUUGAGAGAUGGGGGGUGGGGUUGGCGAGUUGGGAGGCUGGGAUGCGAAGAGGAGUGGCAAGGAGGUGUACGAGGAAGGGUGAUCGGGAGCGGUUGUGGCGAUUAUUACGCAUCGAACCGGAGGGGGGGUGGUAUUUGUGAGGAGGACGAUUAUACGGCUGAAGAGUGUGAGUCUCAAGGAGCGAUCGCGCUGACCCAGGUAGU